AUGGACAAACACGUUCCUUAUAAGCCGCCCAAAUCUGGCCUCAGUCCUCAAACUACUGAUCCAAACGAAGAUACAUCCAUGUUGAUGGCGCAAUUGAUGGCAACCCAUUGCUAUCACUCAGACCCUGAUGCAAGUCUCAAUGAACACAUUCAGCAACAGAUAUCUCAUUCCUUUAAUAUUGCAGAAUCUAAAUAUGAUUUAGUUCCCUUGGAACAUGUUGCCAAGCAACAACAGCAUCUAAAUGGUAAACAACAAAACGAUCUUUACAAUGUUAUAAAAGACUUUGAACCCUUGUUCAACGGUAGCCUCGUUCGUUCCGGCAAACUUGGCCCUUUCAAAGGUCCCAAAGCACACCUCAAGCUUACUCCUGAAGCAAAACCAUUUCAGAACCGUCCAUAUUCUGUCCCCAAGAGUCAUGAAGCUGUCUUCAAGAAAACUAUUGAUGAAAUGGUCCAAUGGGGUAUUUUGGAGAAAUGCGGUCCAAUGGACUACUUAUCUCCCACCUUUAUUGUUCCGAAAAAGGAUGGUAGAGUUAGAUUUGUUUCCGACUUUUGGCAACUAAACAAGAUGAUUAAACGCAAGGUUUGGCUACUGCCAAGAAUACAAGAUAUUCUAAAGAAACGAAAUGGCUACAAGUAUUUCACAAAGCUUGACCUUUCGAUGUUUUUCUACACAUUUGAAAUGGACGAAGCGUCGAAGGACCUUUGUGGCAUUGUCACACCCUUCGGCAACUAUCGUUACACGCGUCUUCCUAUGGGCGUCAAACAAUCUCCUGACAUUGCUCAAGCACACAUUGAACAGCUCCUUGCUGACUUUGAAGAAGCAGACGUCUACAUUGACGAUGUUGGAAUCUUUUCCAACGAUUGGAACUCGCACAUGGAAAGCCUCAGAAAAAUCUUGCGAAUCUUGCAAGAUCAUGGUUUUACCUGCAAUCCGCUGAAAUGUGAAUUUUGUGUGCAAGAAACUGAUUGGCUUGGUUAUUGGCUCACGCCUACUGGAAUCAAACCGUGGAAAAAGAAGAUCGACGCGAUCCUCAGACUCGAACCUCCCAAGUCUGUCUCAGAACUUCGCUCCUUUAUUGGCGCUGUAACCUUUUACCGUGACAUGUUACAAAACGUUCACACAUUCUCGCCUUUGACUGCACGCAUUGGACAUAACAAGAAGAAAUUAGAUUGGACACCUGAAUGUCAAAAGGCCUUUGACCACAUCAAAGCUGUACUCUCAAAGGAUGCAUUUCUGGCCUAUCCAGCCCAUAAUCAACCUUUUCACGUCUACUGUGACGCUAGCGACUAUCAACUGGGUGCCGCUAUUUUUCAGAACGGCAAACCUGUUGCCUAUUACUCUCGUAAGCUCUCUAAAGCACAGUUGAACUACACUGUUGGAGAAAAAGAAAUUCUCUCCAUUGUGGAAACUCUCAAAGAGUAUCGCACCAUGCUGUAUGGUGUCAAGGAACUACAUGUCUACACUGACCACAAAAAUCUGACCUUCCAGAAUCUCCAAAGCCAACGCGUCCUACGCUGGCGCCUAUUCCUCAAAGAUUUCCAUCCAAUUUUCCAUUACAUUAAAGGAGAACACAACACUCUCGCCGAUGCCCUUUCUCGCCUAUCUAUGACACCGCCUUGGUGGCAGAAUGACAACCCUAAGGAUCCCAUUGACUUAUAUUGUCAACCGAUUGGAGCCUACCAAGAGUAUGUCCCUCUCAUUGAAACAACAUCCAAUGUUGACCUAUCAUCAAAUGAUAACAGAACCACAGCAUCCAAUGCUAACAUAUCAUCCCAUGAUACUCUAAAUUCAUUUUAUUCUAUGGCCACUGAUUUGCAAUUACUCAAUUGCUUCGUUCACCUGCCCGUUCAGGAUAGCUUACCUUUUGUUCUUGAUUUCAAGUCUAUCGCUGAUGCUCAAACUCAGGACGCUGAGCUUACCGAGCUGACGCAAACCAAACCUCAACAGUAUGUCCAACAUACCUUUGCACAAGACACCCAGGUGUAUUGUUAUGUGAGAGAUGCCAAUUCUCCAUUGAAGAUCUAUCUCCCAACACAAUUAUUACAACCCACCAUCCAAUGGUAUCACGCUGCUCUCAGCCACCCGGGCUCCACGCGCCUCAAGGAUACCAUGCGCAUCCAUUUUCACAAUCCAAAGUUAUCUAAUGUUAUCGAAGACUUUACCUCAAAAUGCGACACAUGUCAACGACACAAGGCUGUCGGUAGAGGCCACGGCCACACUGCUCCCAAGGAAGCUCCACUCAUCCCCUGGUAA